AAAAAUUAAAAAAAAUUUUUUUAGUUUAUUAACAAUAACUGUGACAAUAACUGGUGUCAUUACAAUAACUUGACCUGCCAUCUGUAUCCAAAGGAGGGCGCCGUUCCUUUGUUUUCUGAAUACAACGUUGGUGACGUUGCAAUUCAAUGAAUUUAAGAGACAUUAAAGCACCACGGUUUUACAGAACGUACUGUAUAUCAUAUUCUAUUGUAAGUGUACAAGUGUUUUUGUUGUUUCUUGUUCUGCUUUUUACACUUUAAGUAAACGUGUUCAAAGGAGUACCCACAGUUAUGUUCGCAGCGUGCUUGAUCAUGCCACAGGUGUACGGAGUUAUUUCUAAUUGGGGGCUCGGUCCGGAUGAACGACCGAGACAGAAAGAAUGGUCACCCUGAAGAUCUUCAACACACAUUUUGGAUGUCCAGGUCCUUUUCCACCAAUUUGGAUGUUACAGUUGCUGUCAAGAGUGACUACCUAAAUUCUAGCUACAUCAAUCAACAUAGAUGUCCACAACUCUAAAAGGCAUGUAAAUUUCCUUGACCUUGUAAUUUUGUAUAGGCAUACAUGUACAUUUUCUUGACUUUGUAAUUUUGUCAAUGUAUACAUGUAAAAUUGCCUGACUUUGUACUGUUGUAAAUGUGUAUUCAUGUGGUUGUCCCUUAUUUUCAUUGCUGAGGGGUAGCAACCCUAGUCACAAGCCACCGUCAUUGACGAGACGUGAGUCUGGCAAAAAACAAGCUGCUGAUGUUUUUCUUUCUUUUUACUAGAAGAAACAAUACAGGGAUUGUUUUCAGGCUAUGUACAAAUCUAAUCUCUUAAUUUGAGGAUUAGACAGACUAUAGACAAGCAAAUUAAGAUGUUAUGCAUUUACCUAAUGACCACAACACAUUUUAUCCAGUUAAUAUUGUAUAAUCAAACACGUUGAAUGGUCACAGAUACUCUGAUGUUUAAAACCAUGUCUAGGAUUUUGUUUUGUAUAAUUCUACAUUUAAUAUAAUGCAGAAAAGAGUCUUAAACAUUUUAUGACUAAUUUAUCUAAAACUUCAUAGUUUCAUACAUUUUACAAGUUAAUAUUCUGGAGUUACUUACUUAUGUAGUUGAUAUUUUGCUUAUAUAAUCGUUAAUUCUCCACUCAAUGUGUCAUCCAACAUGUUGCAAAUAUCAGUUCAUUAAUCCAUACAGCACUUACUCAGCAUGACUCGGAGAAAAGAAUCACAUGUACUAUUGCAACACAUUUACUACGCAUGUUUCCCUAGAGGAAAUAUUCUGGAGAAUAAAUCCAGGUUCAGAGUGGUGCAGGUCAGGUCUUUCUGUGGGAUAUUGGGCACAAUGGGAUUCUUGUUCAUGGUGCAACAUGAUUGGCCAAGAGAGGGGUUUAUGGAGCAGAUUGGCAUGACUGUGACGGGAUCCAGACAAAUAAAUGCCCUCCAAAGCCCCCGGUGGAUCAGAGACUUCAAGGUGGGAAGGGACAAAGGGAGUUUUCUGAGGAGCUGCUGUGUGUACUGCAACUACAAGAAAGAACCAUGGUCAGCCGAUUUGAACAUCCAGCAGGAGGCUACAAGAAGAUAUUUGAGACCUGUGAGGAACUGGCUGAGCCCAUUCCAGCAUCUGUGACGGGAAGAAUCCCUGCUUUUUUAAGGGGAAGUCUUCUACGUUUGGGACCUGGACUUUUUGAGGUUGGAGAUGAACCUUUCUAUCACCUAUUUGAUGGUCAGGCCCUAAUGCACAAAUUUGACUUCAAGAAUGGCCAGGUUACCUAUUACAGGAAAUACGUCAGAACAGAUGCCUAUGUAAGAGCCAUCACAGAGAAACGCGUAGUGAUCACUGAGUUUGGUACUUUUGCGUAUCCUGAUCCGUGCAAAAACAUAUUUUCAAGGUUUUUCUCAUACUUCAAGGGGGUUGAAAUCACAGACAACUGCCUGGUGAACGUCUACCCUGUGGGCGAGGAUUUUUAUGCUGUGACGGAAACCAACUACAUCACUAAGGUGAACCCUGAGACCUUGGAGACACUGAAGAAGGUUGACAUGUGUCACUACGUCAAUGUCAAUGGAGUGACGGCUCACCCUCACAUUGAAAAUGAUGGCACUGUUUACAACAUUGGAAAUUGCAUGGGGAAAGGAGCAACACUUGCCUAUAACAUUGUCAAGAUUCCGCCCACACAGAAAGAUAAGUCUGAUCCUAUUGAGAAGACCAAGGUAGUGGUGCAGUUUCCCAGUGCUGAGAGAUUCAAACCUGCUUAUGUACACAGCUUUGGGAUGUCAGAAAACUAUUUUGUCUUCGUGGAGACCCCAGUGAAGAUCAACCUGCUGAAAUUCCUCAGUGCCUGGAGCAUCCGAGGAUCCAACUACAUGGACUGCUUUGAGUCCAACGAGAGCCAAGGAACUUUGUUUCACAUUGCCAAGAAGAACCCAGGAGAAUACAUCAACCUCAAGUUCAAAGGGGCAGCCAUUGGCUUGUUUCACCACAUCAACACCUACGAGGACCAAGGGUUUAUCGUUUUCGAUCUGUGUGCUUGGAAAGGAUUUGAGUUUGUGUACAACUACCUGUGGCUGGCCAAUCUGAGAGCCAACUGGGAUGAGGUGAAGAAGGCGGCCAUGAUAGCUCCGCAGCCGGAGGUCCGCAGAUACGUCAUUCCUUUGGACGUGGAAAGGGAGGAGCAGGGAAAGAACCUGGUCAGCCUGCCGUACACCACUGCCACAGCGGUGAUGCACACUGAUGGAUCGAUCUGGCUGGAGCCUGAGGUUCUCUUCUCUGGACCUCGUCAAGCUUUUGAGUUUCCUCAGAUCAACUACAGCAAGUAUGCAGGAAAGAAUUACAAAUACGCAUACGGUCUGGGUCUGAACCAUUUCAUACCAGACAGGAUCUGCAAGUUGAAUGUCAGGACCAAAGAGACCUGGGUGUGGCAGGAGCCAGAGUCCUACCCCUCUGAGCCGCUGUUUGUCCAGACUCCAGGUGGAGUGGAGGAAGAUGACGGCGUGCUGUUGACCAUCGUGGCGGCUCCUGGCACUCAGAGACCAGCGUAUCUCCUCAUCCUCAGCGCCAAAGAUCUUUCCGAGAUCGCCAGAGCAGAGGUGGAAUGUGACAUUCCAGUCACCUUCCACGGGCUCUACAAACACUAGAAGACACAGAUUUAACGUAAUGUCGAAGCAGUAAGGCUUCAUGGGUCAAUAAAUAAAAUGUGGCUAUCAAUGCUGUGCUAUGUUCUAAUUUCUGUUUAUCUGGGGGAGAUAAACGCAGGGGGGAAACAAAAGACUGCGUAAAGUUAAGAUUGAUUCACUAUUGACCGACGACACGGCCUUAGUCCACGGUUCUGGGUUGUUAACUCUACGCUUCAGGAAGGGACAGACAAAGGGCAAACAUUUCCUCCUGGCCCUAA